UAGUGAGUGAAGGAAUGACGUUAAGAUUACCUCGGGACGCUAUUUUCGGUAAAAAUGCGAUUGGCUUCAUUGAUUUUACCGCUGAUCGGUUUACUGGUUCUUGCCUUUAUACGGCCCGGCACAUCACUGGGAUAUUUAUCGAAGCUGCGUUUCAACAAAGGCAUUCUCAUGCUCGGGAGGGACCGGUGCGUCAAUAGAUGCAAGUUCAAACAUGGGUACUUCCAAGACUCAGCGGGUGACUAUCAACUUGCCUCCGUCGCCAAAAGAGGCAUCGUUCCCGGAAAGUGCAUGUGCAUGGUAUCACGGAGCCUGAGAAUGUACAUUACUCAAAAGUUUGGCGCAGAGGCCGCGAAGAGAUACGGACGCCUGAACUUCUUCGGCAGAACUCGGCAAGGUCGGGAAGAGCUGAAGAGGCUGGCUGGCGAAGACAAGGGGAUCACCUUCCUCACGUACGAGCAGUUCAAGCAGAUGGUGGCGGAUCAGAACCAGCAGAAGACCAACGCCCAGCAAAGACAGCAGACCGGCGGAAUCCCCCAAAACAUAACGCCCCGGAUCACGGUGGACGAGGUACAAGCGGAUGGUUCGACGAAGCCGGUGGAAGUCGAGCUAACGCCCGAAGAAAUCCAGAGGAUACAAGGUUUCUGGGGGGAUGUCAUGGAGAGAAAGAAGAGGGAAGCGGCGGCGCAGACCGCAAAAGCCGCCUGAAGCCUUUGGCGAAAAACGGAAAAUUAUUGAAGGAGCAGCAAUAUAAUACAAAACCAGGGUAGAGAGAAAAUACAAAAGGUGGUGGCAAGCAGAGAAAUGUACUGUUCCACGUCACAGCUAAAACUUAAGCCACCCUUCUUAAUCGUUAAUGGUAUGAACAACUGAAAAUUAUUGGAGAAGCAGCAAUAUUAUACAAAACUAGGGAAUAGAGAAAAUACAGAAGGUGGUGGCAAGCAGAGAAAUGUACUGUUCCACGUCACAGCUAAAACUUAAGCCCUUCUUCUUCUUUAAUGGUAUGAAAAACUGAAAAUUAUUGGCGGAGCAGCGAUAUUGAACAAAACUAGGGUAUACAGAAAAUACAGAAGGUGGUGGAAAGCAGAGAAAUGUACUGUUCCACGUCACAGCUAAAACUUAAGCCACCCUUCUUAAUCGUUAAUGGUAUGAACAACUGAAAAUUAUUGGAGGAGCAGCAAUAUUAUACAAAACUAGGGAUUAGAGAAAAUACAGAAGGUGGUGGCAAGCAGAGAAAUGUACUGUUCCACGUCACAGCUAAAACUUAAGCCACCCUUCUUAAUCGUUAAUGGUAUGAACAACUGAAAAUUAUUGGAGGAACAGCAAUAUUAUACAAAACUAGGGAAUAGAGAAAAUACAGAAGGUGGUGGCAAGCAGAGAAAUGUACUGUUCCACGUCACAGCUAAAACUUAAGCCACCCUUCUUAUUCGUUAAUGGUGCGAAAAACUGAAAAUUAUUGGAGGAGCAGCAAUAUUAUACAAAACUAGGGUAUAGAGAAAAUACAGAAGGUGGUGGCAAGCAGAGAAAUGUACUGUUCUACGUCACAGCUAAAAAUGAAGCGACCCUUCUUCUUGGUUAAUGGUAUCGCGGGGAAACCGAGACCGCUUUGAAAUUUAGAAAGGAGCGGGAAAGGUUGUGAGGUUUCCACUUAUUUUGGCUCUUAAAACUCGUAACUACUGACUUUUUAUGAUUCAACAUAUUUUUUCUACCAAUGCUUGGACUGUGUCUGAAAAUAAUUUGUAAGUUAAAAAUGCAUAUUUCAUAUAAUGAAACAUUAAUAUUUAUGUUUGGUUAAACACAUUUUAAAUUAUAAGUGGUGCU